AUGGUAGCAAGUGAACUGGGAACCGAUCUCUGGGUAUUUAGCGAUUUCACCUGGCUUCAAAACUUCAAGGGAGGAGGAGAACUUGAGUACUCAUCUCGGAACCUUUUGCGCGUUAAAUCCAUAAGCCUCUCGACAAAUAAUUUAGUGGGUGAGAUCCCUGAUGGGAUAAUGGAUCUGGUUGAUUUGCAAACUUUGAACCUUUCACAUAAUCAUUUGACUGGAAGGAUCCCCGAGAAGAUUGGCAACUUGAAGCAAGUUGAGUCACUUGAUCUAUCAAUGAAUGAACUCUUCGGUGCAAUCCCUGAAAGCUUAUCUGCUUUAAACUGGUUGAACUUCCUGAAUUUGUCACACAAUAAGCUAUCAGGGCCAAUACCAUCAGGGAAUCAAAUUCAGACCUUAACCGAUCCAUCUAUCUAUGAAGGAAACAUUGGACUCUGUGGCAAGCCAAUCCCAAAUGACUGCCUGGAACAUAAAUUGCCUACGGAAAAUGGGCAUAUUCAUGAUGAUAUAGGCCACGGCAAGUCUAAUUGGUCUUGGUUUUAUGCUGGUAUAGGACCGGGUUAUGCUGUGGGGCUCUUGGGAGUUUUGGGAUUCCUUCAGUUCAAGAAGUCAUGGUGCUAUGCAUAUUUCAGGUUUCUGGAAAAUGCCUAUGACAAAAUCUGCGUAACGAUUGCAUUGAAGGCCAAUUAG